AUUCAAAGAGAAAUUAUAUCAAAGUCUCGAGUAAUUAGCUAAUGUAAUUAGUCCACUAAAGCGGAGAAGAAAAUUCAAUUACGACAAAUCGUCGUUUAAAGUGAGUGUGACAGUGAGUGAGAGACAACAUAGUCAUGUGAAUUAAUCAUCAGUUACAGUCAGAACCCACGAAAACGGACAUAAGUUGGUCCCACACAGUAAAGACCAGACUCUCCUACCGUCGAUUCUCAGUCGUUCUUUUAUUUAUCUUCACAUUGCUACUUCUUCUCCUAAGCAGAAAACAAUGGUGACCAAAAACUCUGUUGAAUUCGAUCCGUAUAUCGAACGAAAGGCUUUCGAUGAGACGCAAGAAGGAGUCAAAGGGCUUGUCGAUGCCAAAAUCACCCAAGUCCCACGUAUCUUCCACAUCCCACAAGAUUCCUUGACCGACAAGAAACCCUCUGUUUCAGACCUAGAGAUCCCUAUCAUCGACUUUGCAAGCGUUCACGUGGACCCAUCGUCACGUGAAGCCGUCGUGGAGAAGGUCAAACACGCGGCGGAGAAGUGGGGAUUCUUCCAGGUGAUCAAUCAUGGUAUUCCUUUGAACGUUCUUAAAGAGAUUGAAGAUGGAGUUCGUAGGUUUCACGAGGAAGAUCCUGAGGUCAAGAAACGAUAUUUCUCGCGUGUUCAACAAGAAAAAUUCGUGUACAAUAGUAACUUCGAUCUAUACAGUGCUUCUCCAUCUGUAAAUUGGAGAGAUGCUUUCUCUUGUUACAUGGCUCCAGAUCCUCCACCUCCUGAGGAUCUCCCAGUGGCUUGCAGGUAAGGAAAACAGACUAAUACUUCCUU